AUGACGAAUUCCUCAAAUUCCGUAUAUGCACCGCUGAUAACGACGCUGGGUCCGGGGGCUGACUCCCUUGAAGACAUUAUGUUGCGACUGGGUAAUACAGAUCUCACUGCACAACAAAUCAAAACAGAGCUUUCAAGGCUCAUCAAUCUCCUCAAGGACCUGAGUGUUUCCUUAAAAGCAACAUUCUGUAAUGCAAUUCUCGUGUCGCAUAUGCCUCAGUAUUUUGACUGGAUUCAAGAUGGCAGAACCUUGUUUUAUCCUUUAUAUCGGUGUUUUUCAAACGUGGAACCUAUGAUGCUAAAAUUACUCGAUAUAUUGGAAAGAAUUCAAGAUGAAAAGGUCGAUAAAGAUUUAGUGAAGAUAUUCGAUUGCAUAGAUGAAGUUUCUAAUCUAGUUGAAAAUCUGGCACCUGCGUUUCAGUCUAUCAAAAACUUAUUCGAUACGGCUUUAGAGUUUAAUGAGAUAUUCAAAGAUCAUAUGAACUCUUUAACGGAGGAAAUCGAAUCUAACUUGAGAAAAUGUCUCGAUCUUCAAAAAGAAUGUUUUGCAUCACCAGUAAGACACCCUCCAUGUUUUACUUUAGACCAGUUAAUCCCUUUGAUCUCCCUGUCGUCUAACAACCAACGUAUUCAGAUGCCCACAUUUUCUGAAUUGGAAAGGCAGAUUUAUGAAGAUUACUGCAGAUUAUAUGAUACUAUUGAACCCAUAGAAACAUCUUUAAAGGAAAUAUUAAAAGGUCGAAUAGAGGUGUUUAAAAAUAGGGAUAUUAUAAACUUGGAUUACCUAAUGCGGUUAUUGAAUCAUAAAUAUAAUAACAUAUUAGAAAAAUACGACUACUUUUAUGCUCAGUUAAUGAAUCUUAAAGCGAAUAUUAUUGACAAGCGUUGGGAUGUGCUGUUCAAAAAUCUGAAUGCUGAAUUGUUAUCAAUUAUUACAGAUGUUACUGACCUGCUCGAUGAUUUGUCCAACACUAGUAUCUCAGUUGAUACGAGGGAUAUCAUCCUUCAACAAGUGGCACAAAAGAGCGAAACUAUCUCGAAGACAUUUGAUGUAAUUUACCAAGCUAUUGAUGCAUCAAUACUAAACUCCACAGUCGCAGAGGUUACAAAUGAUCUAGCCGACAAGUGGCUAGCUUUGAAAGAUAAGGUCGACCCAAUUCUUCCCAAGAAAUCUGACAGUGAUCCGAUUGAGGUACUUACAAAGCGAAUGAGCGAUAUGAGUAUAUCCGAAGACAAUAGUGAUGGAACGCACAAAACUUUGCAUUUUGAUAGAUCCAAGAGAAGAAGUGUUGGCGCUCUAUUAUUAAAGAAAAUGAAUAUAAAACCGAUAUUGACAUCUUCAGAUGAUGAUGAAAAGAGCGUUUUCAAUACUGUCCACAAGAGGAAAUCAUCUCAAGCUCAAGAGUUACAAUCGAAAACCCAAAAUUUGGAAUCUAAGAAUCCUGCACCCAAGGACAAUGAAAGUACUAUGACUUCCACCAAUAGAAAAGAUUCCAUUGAAUUAGAAUCCGCCAAAAUCAUACCUUCAAUCCACUCUAGUGUUCCCACCGAUGACUUUAGAAUAAAAGAUGAGCAGACCCAAGACGGGAAAAAGAGAACAUUAUCUCCUAGAAAAGUACGCCCUAGAUCGACGUCUGCGAAUGGCCCCUCCAUUACACCCGUCAUCGAUACGCAACUUCUGAUCGACAUUGCAGAGAUAUUACAGAGUCCUUCAAGGAGUGUUCUGGAAGUAGAUCAAGAAUAUGCACAAAGUGAGGAAUCGAUUGCCACGACUACUCAGCACUCAGCAACAACAGUUGAAAACUCAAAUACUACUUCACCAUCAACUGUUGACUUUCAUGGGGAUACCAAGUUUAAGCCCACAACGUUUCUCCCCCAAACCAACCUCUCAACUUCUACUUCAGCAAUUGGCCCAUCUUAUAAUGGUGAAAAUCUCGGACCCAAAAAUGAAAACUAUAUAGAACAGGUUGAGCAAGAAAAAUUCAAAUAUUACGCGAGUAGGAAUUCAAGGAUCCCUAUGAUAUACACCAAUAUUAAUGUCACAAAUACACAUAAUUUAGCAUCUCUAACACACCUCCAAUUCUCUAAUAAAGCCACUUAUGAUCAUGGAUAUUUCAAAUUGAAGGCACCCACACCACUUUCCGAUCUUUUUCAUUCCACUAAGAUGCAACGUAUUUAA